CAAACUAUAAAGAGAAGAACCUAUUCAUGGAACAAACAGUCGAAACCAUGACUUACGCAACCGUACUUUAUGCUCUUUGCUUAGCCACUACUUGUUAUUCGGCAGAAAUUCCAAGCUCUCUGCAAAAGUGCAACAGAAAAGACGGCAAUUUUGACAAGUGCCUGGUGUCCGCAAUCGACGAUGCUCUAUCAAAAUCCGCAAACCCCGUGAAAGAAAUCGGCUUAGGAACGCUAGAACCACUGGAUGUACCGUCGCUGGUAAUCGGGGAAGGCUCAGGAGCUGUCGCCUUCCAGCAGAACUACAGAGACAUCAAAAUCAGCGGCUUUUCCAAAGUCAAAUGUUCCAAAGCAGACAUGAACUUCGAUACCAAAGUCUUAACCCUUGAUUGCGAAACGCCUCUAGUGCGAAUGGACUUCCACUACGAAAUCAACGGGAAACUUCUGGUAUUACCCAUUAAGGGCGACGGUCCCGGCUUCAUCGAAAUGGAUAAAUUGAGGCUGGAAAUUAGUUUCGCGCUCGAAGAGCACGACAAGAAAGGGAAGAAACAUUAUAAGGUUGCUAGUACUAAGCUCGUUUUGACGCCGCAGUUGAUGAGGUUCCAUCUGGAGAACUUGUUUGACGGUGAUAAAGCUCUAGGUGACAAUAUUAAUCAAGUUUUGAACGAAAACUGGUCGGAGGUGUUUUCGGACGUUAAAACGAGUUACGAGGAGGCUUUUGGACAGAUUUUCGGCUCGAUUUUGGAUAAUGUGUUGAAGAAAGUGUCCACGAGGGAGCUUUUUGGUGAUGCGUGAAUAUUUUGUCUGUAAUGAGUUAAGUUGUUGAAUAAACGUGUGAUGAAAUUGG